CCUUUCAUCAUUUAUUAUAUCACGAUCCAAAAAUAUCUAUAUUUAGUAUCUCAUCGCGAUACACUUUAUCAGUCCUAUCACUAUCUAUCAGUUGUUGUACUUCAAAAGGAUUCUCGAGAAAAAAUUAAAGAGUAACCUCUUCUAACCUCUUCUAACCUCAUCUCCAUACUUUGACUUGGGAUUUUCUUUGCAGACGGUUUCCCCAGACCUAUAUCAUUGAUCCAACUCCUCCUCUCUUCAAGAAGUUAUCUUUCACGCACAUCAAGCUUGUCCAGUUUUUUUGUUUAAAAAGGUGUCUUUUCUUCACGGCCUGUAUCACUAUUUGCGUGCGGGUGUUUCGAGUUUUCUUCGCGCUUCUUCAAUUGCCUGGAGCAAAAGCAAAAAAAAGUUACAAUCAAAUCAGAUCAAAUCAGAUCGAAUCACAUCCACUUGUUAACGCACCUUUUUUCUCGUCACAUACAUACGUCUGUCUGUCUUGUCAAAGGGACAGACUCGGUCGCAACCUUAUUGACGACCCCCUUCAUCAGCUCGACAUCUACUUUUCUGUCACUGUUUUAUAUAUCGACAUUUAACGACCACGGCCAAAGUACAUCUAAACUCUUAUCCCACGUCAGACAUAUUGCUCCGCCGCUAUUCAUACAAUCGAUUACUGUAUUCAUUUGUGUUGCUCUAUUUCGCCGCUAUUGUAUUCAAAAAAUUCACAUUAAAUUUCGGUUCCUUUGUCCCCUCAAUAUCAUUCAUUGAUGACCACGAUCCUACGCGACUCUUACAAUCAGCGAGUUUUACUUCGAAUAGUUCAUCUCAAUUACACGUCUGAAGCUGGACCAAUUCACGCAAUCGAAUUUCAUACCAGAAGAACGGCGCGCCUCUGCCGCAAUGGGGAGAAGAAAGAUUGAGAUCAAGGCUAUCAAGGAUGAUAGGAAUCGUUCAGUGACCUUUUUGAAGCGCAAAGGAGGCUUGUUCAAGAAGGCGCAUGAGCUUUCCGUUCUCUGUAACGUCGAUGUCGCGGUUAUAAUAUUUGGCAGCAAUAAGAAAUUAUACGAAUAUUCUAGUGGUGAUAUUGGAGAGUUUAUGACAAGAUAUCAAUACUAUGGAGGAGCCAACGAACACAAAGGACCUGCCGACUAUUCAGGCAAAGGAAAGGGGAUGGAUGAUGACGACGAUGACGAUGAUGGAUCUCCCCCUUCCCAUCAUGGAUCAGUUGAACCAAUGAUGCCCCCUCAAUUUCAACACCAACCUUAUCAACACAUACGCCACCAUACUCCAUCUGCCUCGCCUCCAAUUCCAAAUGGUGUCUUUCCACAUCUUCAACAGCAGCAACGACAACAUACGCCACAACCUGGAAUGGGAUCCCGUCCAUCAUCUAGAAAUGCCCCACGAAGACAAAGCUCCCUCGUACCGCAUCCUCAUGGCCCUCCUACCAACGGACAAUUUGUUUAUGCGCCAAAUCCAUCACCUUACAACCCUCAAAUGACACCUGGUCUGCCACCACACGCGCAUGGGCUUCCGCAGCACAUACAAGGCCCCCCGCAAGGAAUUCCUCAUCCACAUCAAAGUCCUGGACCACAAUACACACACUUUGCACCGCAGCAGCAUCCACACCACCUCUCUCAACACCCUCAACACCCUCAACAGCAUAUGCAACAGCAUCCACAGCAUCCUCAGCAACAUCCUCAGCAACAUCCUCAGCAACGUCCUCAGCAACAUCCUCAGCAACAUCCUCAGCAACAUCCUCAGCAACAUCCUCAGCAACAUCCCCAGCAACAUCCCCAGCAGCAUCCUCAGCAACUGCCUCAACAUCCUCACCCACAGCAAGUACAGCAGCUAUACGUGGAGGAGCAAAGAAAAUCUUCUGUACCGCCACCAUUCCCACCACAGGAAAGGCCUGCAUCCUCACGUGCAACUACUUCUCCUCCACAACCGCCGCAACAGCAAAUGCCACAACCUCCACCACAAUCGCAGCCGCCUCAGCCAUCGCCAGAACAGCAGCAAACACAACCACAAUCACAGAUGCCAGACCCGGUCAAGCGUUUAUCCGUAAAAUCUAGAAGUAUUUUCACGCCAAUUGAUGAGAGCCGAUCGAUCCUGUCCCAGCACUGGGCAAGCUCAACCUCCAAUACUGACACCGUGAAGGAAGAACCCAGUGAUCGAUCUCAAUCCGUAGAUGUUACAGUGAAUCGUAUAAAGCCACCUUCGCCACCUCAGAGAUCACAAACGCAUAACAAAAAUCGCAACAUAUCCAUGUCAUCCUUACCAGAUGGGUUCACACCACCAUCUCGCACGAACAGUGCUCAGUUGAGUGUUGGUGGUGGUAAAAGGCCUGUGUUGAAAGUGCAGAUUCCGGAAGAGGCAUCGGAUAACGGUGGAUCUGCCACUGCGGAAGAUCUCUCAUCCCCAAGAUCUGCGAGUGCCGCUAAUCCUCAGGCGCGUCGCAAUGGCGGUGAUCAUGGCGGAAUGGUACUACCACCACCUUCGCCUUCCGCCUCGGCUCUAUUGUCAGCCGGCGCAUCUGGGCCACCUAAUCCUUUUGCGCGACCGCAUCCUGUUACACAACCUUCUCAAGGAUCCAAUGCAAGUGGGAAUAACAAUAACUCGAACAACAAUAUAAUAGAAAACGUAACACCGGUCUCAGCUCUUCCAUCGCGAUUCAUGAACAACGAAUUCCUCCCUAGUCCUUCGUCAUUUUUUGGAAAUCCUAGUUGGGAUUACGGUAGAGGUGGUGACUCAAACACAUUACCAAGUCCUCUAAAUUUUGCAACUCCUGUUGUGGGCACAGGUCCAAGUUUUCUAAGAGAAGAUAAUGGUGAAAGGGGCGGUAAACGAAAGACCCCUGAUCAAGAUGAACAUCUAGAAAGCGGAGAUCAAAAAAGAGCGAAGCAUGAAGGAUAA